AUGAUAUCCAACCAAAGCACAAUAAAUAAUUUUGAUAAUAAUAAAAAGUGUGCACUUCACCCAAAUAAAGAUAUAGUAUUCUUUUAUUUAGAUUGUAAAUUAAUACCAUGUUGUAUUCAAUGUAUAUCAAGUAAAGGUGAACAUCAUGGUCAUAGAACUGAUCCAUUAGAAUCAACUUCAAAUAUUCUUUCAUUAAUUAAUAAUUUUAAAGAUGAUAUAUAUCAAAAAGUAAUUGAAAGAAUAGAAACCAAUGAAAAAAUAUUAAAACAAUCAAAUGAUAAAUACAAUGAAAUUCAAUCACAAUUUGAUAUUAAUAAUAAUUCAUUAAAAAAAGAAAUUAAAAAAAUUCAUGAUAUCAUUUCAAUCCUAGAAUUAGAUAUUAAAAAACAAUUAGAAACAACCUUUGAAAAUAAUACAUUAAUAAAUACAAUUAUAACUUCUUCAAUCAAUAAUGAUAAUCAAAUACUUUCAACUAUAAUUAAUUAUAAUAAUAAUAAUAAUAAUAAUAAUAAUAAUAAUAAUAAUAAUAAUAAUAAUAAUAAUAAUAAUAAAAAUAAUAAUAAUAAUAAUAAUAAUAAUAAUGAAAAUGAAAAUGAAAAUGAAAAUGAAAAUGAAAAUGAAAAUGAAAAUGAUAAUAUUACAACCAUUGAAAAAUUAAAUAAAAUUAUGAAAUUCAAUGGAAAUGGAGAAGAUUUUAUUAUUGGUAGAGAUACAAUUAAAAUUAUUAAACAAUAUCAACAGUCAUUAAUAGAGAAUGAAGGUAUAGCAUUCAAAGACAAUUGGAAUAUUUUAUCAAAAUUAAAAAAUCAAUUUCCACCAAAUGUAAUGCUAUUGGAUGGAUUCAAUCAAAAAUUAACACCAGGUAUAUUAUUAGAUUGUGUCGAAUCCUUGUAUUUAGGUGAUAUUAAACAAGAAUUAAUAAUUGGUUCAAUUCCUAAUACUGUAACUCGUGUCUCUUUACUAGAUGGAUUCAAUCAAAAAUUAACACCAGGUAUAUUACCAGAUAGUGUUAAAUGGUUGUAUUUAGGUUAUAUUAAACAAGAAUUAAUGAUUGGCUCAAUUCCUAAUACUGUAGCUCAUAUCUCUUUAGAAGAUGGAUUCAAUCAAAAAUUAACACCAGGUAUAUUACCAGAUCGUAUUGAAUCGAUGUAUUUAUGUGAUAUUAAACAGGAAUUAAUUAAUGGCUCAAUUCCUAAUACUGUAAUUCAUGUCUAUUUAAAAGAUGGAUUCAAUCAAAAAUUAACACCAGGUGAUAUUAAACAAGAUUUAAUGAUUGGUUCAAUUCCUAAUACUGUAACUCGUGUCUCUUUAAAAGAUGGAUUCAAUCAAAAACUAACACCAGGUAUAUUACCAGGUGGUAUUGAAUGGUUGUAUUUAGGUGAUAUAAAACAAGAAUUAAUAAUUGGUUCAAUUCGCCCAAGUUCCUAA